UGUUGCCUGAACCCUCCGGUGUGUGUUUGAAAUUAUGCACGGCUGUGCUGAGGUAGAGACGUAGGAGGGAGACGGGUUCAGCAGAAAGCUGAUCAGCUGCAGCUCAUUGUGCCUGUCAGAGCUGAGCCAUCCACACGUGCGUGUCAGAGCGAGACGAGGUCCAUGCUGAGCUGAACCGCGGCGGGACAACAGAGGAGCAGCCAUGGGACUCGUACAGUCAAGCAAGGCUCCAGUGGCUGAUGACACAGACGAGGUCAAUUUUGACCACUUCCAGAUCCUGAGGGCUAUAGGAAAAGGGAGCUUUGGCAAAGUGUGCAUUGUGCAGAAAAAGGACACCAAGAAGAUGUAUGCCAUGAAGUACAUGAACAAGCUCAAAUGUGUGGAGCGGAAUGAAGUUAGGAAUGUCUUGAAAGAGCUGCAGAUCAUGCAGAACCUUGAACAUCCUUAUCUGGUGAACUUCUGGUAAGUCAGCCUGUUUUUGUGCAUUUGAAAAUAAUGCAUUUGUGUUUCUCUAUAUGCUGGUAGAUCCUGGAAAAGUGUUCACAGUCCAUACAUAUACCUGUCUGCCACCUCCUGGACAUGUCCGUGCUGCUGUAGGGAAAACUUAUCACCACAAGCAUGAUGAAAAGUUGGAGCAGGUGUGGUUGAAGUUCCACGUUGCUUGAAAU